AAGGCAGCCGGCUGUGUGGCAUUCUGUGUAUAGGAGGCUGGGAUAGACGGGCUGGUCCGGAGGUCGGUGUCUCUGGAAAGCUCGGAGGGAGAGCUCCGUGUGACAAGAUCCCAAAUCACAAUGAUAAAUCGCAGCAAACUUUUUUUGGCAAAGAGCGAUUGAGAUGAAGAGCGCAUGCGCGAAGGUGUCUGAACUGACAAUGCUGGGGAGAUAGCGAGUCCGGAAUGAGAAGGGGAUUGAGAGAGUGAAAGAGAGAGAGAGAAAAAGAAAAAAAAGGAAAAGAUCCAAGAGAUAUCCCAAGCAAGCCACCGCCGCACAGCUGCCACCAUGAGAUCCAAAGGCAGGGCGAGGAAGCUGGCCACAAGUGAUCAUAUUUCCAUUGAAAACUUUCCUGAGAUAAAUAUUGGAGAGACUUCCCAUAUUGAUGGUGAGAUUGGUCCAACAUCCAAUUUCCCCGAUCUGUCAUCUCCAGCCUCUUCCAGCGAUGAAUUCACACCCAAUGAGGGAUCACCCUAUCAAGCUCCUAUUUAUAUCCCAGACGACAUCCCGAUUCCUUCAGACUUCGAACUUCGAGAGUCAAACAUCCCUGGGGCAGGGUUAGGAAUAUGGACGAAAACUAAGAUAUCAGCUGGCGAGAAAUUGGGACCGUUUGAAGGAGAGAAGUGUAUGAGUCUUGACAACCCACAUUCUGGCUGGGAGGUCUUGGAUGAGCAUUGUGAUGUGAAAUUCUGCAUCGAUGCCAGCCAACCUGAUGUGGGCAACUGGCUGAAGUUUAUCAAGUUUGCGGGGACCUACGAGCAGCAUAAUUUGGUGGCAAGUCAGCUAAAUGAUCAGAUAUUUUACAGAGCUGUAGCUGACAUAAAUCCCGGCGAGGAGUUAUUAUUGUUCAUGAAGAGCGAAGAUUAUUCCCAUGCGACAAUGGCUCCGGAUAUCCAUGAGGAGCGUCAGUAUCGUUGUGAAGAAUGUGACCAGCUCUUCGAGUCCAAAGCAGAGCUGAGCGACCAUCAGAAGUUUCCUUGUGGUACGCCGCACUCGGCCUUUUCUAUGGUAGAAGACACCUUUCAAGUCGGCUUGAAUGUUAAGAGCGACCUCGGUGAUAUGCAGGACGCACACGAAUGCAAAGAAUGUGAUCAAGUGUUUCCGGACAUGCAAAGCCUGGACAAACACUUGCUAUCUCACACAGAAGAGCGAGAAUACAAAUGUGACCAGUGCCCCAAAGCCUUUAACUGGAAGUCCAACCUUAUCCGCCAUCAAAUGUCCCACGAUACUGGAAAGCACUACGAAUGUGAAAACUGCUCCAAGCAGGUUUUCACAGAUCCCAGCAACCUCCAAAGGCACAUUCGUUCCCAGCACGUCGGAGCUCGGGCACACGCAUGCUCGGAGUGCGGCAAAACCUUUGCAACGUCAUCAGGUCUUAAGCAACAUAAGCACAUUCACAGCAGUGUCAAGCCUUUUGUAUGUGAAGUCUGCCAUAAGUCGUACACUCAGUUUUCAAACCUUUGCCGACAUAAGCGCAUGCACGCCGACUGCAGGACUCAGAUCAAAUGCAAAGACUGCGGACAAAUGUUCAGUACCACAUCUUCACUUAAUAAGCACAGGAGAUUUUGCGAGGGGAAGAAUCACUUUGCAGCCGGGGGAUUAUUUGGUCAAGGCAUUUCACUUCCCGGAACUCAAGCAAUGGACAAGGCGUCUAUGAUUAAUAUUAACCAUCCAAAUGCAGGGCUUGCUGAUUACUUUGGUGCUACUCGGCAUACCGCUGGACUUACAUUUCCAACAGCACCUGGAUUCUCUUUUAGUUUUCCUGGUCUGUUCCCUUCCGGACUGUAUCAUAGACCUCCUUUGAUGCCUGCCAGCUCUCCGGUAAAGGCAUUGUCAAGUGUUGACCAGAGCAACAAAAGCCCACACGUGAACAGAACUCCGAUAUUACCAGCUACACAGGACAUUUUAAAAGCACUGAGUAAGCACCCGGCUAUGGGUGAAACUAAAACAUUGGAGUACUUGCCAGAGAGUAACACUGACAAGAGACCACAGGACAAAAUAAGUGACCAAUCGGAGAGCAGCGACCUCGACGAUGUCAGUACUCCAAGUGGCAGUGACUUGGAGACCACAUCUGGGUCGGAUCUUGAAAGCGACGUUGAAAGUGAGAAAGACAAAGUGAAGGAAAAUGGUAAAAUACAUAAGGAAAAAUUAAGUCCUCUGCAAAACCUAGCCGCGUUAAACAGUAAGAGAGAAUACACCAAUCAUGCUGUUUUCUCGCCUUGCUUGGAGGAACAGACUGCUGUGUCAGGAGCAGUGAAUGAUUCCAUAAAAGCUAUUGCUUCUAUUGCUGAGAAGUACUUUGGUUCAACUGGACUUGUAGGCCUACCAGAUAAAAAAGGAGGAACAUUACCAUAUCAUUCUAUGUUUCCGCUUCCAUUUUUUCCAGCCUUUUCACAGUCGGUGUAUCCAUUUUCUGACAGAGACACAAGACCCGUACCCUUAAAAGUGGAACCGGAGUCUCCAAAAGAAGUUAAGAAAGUACAUAAAGGGAAUGCGGAGUCUCCGUUUGAUCUCACCACUAAACGUAAGGAAGAGAAGGAGGUGGCAAAUGCCUCUUCAAAGUCAGCGGUACCAAUGCCUUCAAAUGUUGACCAGCCUUUGGACUUAAGCAUCGGAAGCAGGAGCCGGGCUACAACAGCAAAGACCAGUGAACCCAGAAAAAAUCACGUAUUUAGUGAGAAAAAAGACAAUGAAAUAGAGCAGUCAAAGACAUCCGAUCACUGCUUGCAACAUGCCAGACCUGCUCCUUUCUUCAUGGAUCCCAUUUAUAGGGUGGAGAAGAGGAAGCUAAUGGAUCCCCUUGAGGUUUUAAAAGAGAAAUAUUUAAGACCUUCCCCAGGAUUUCUAUUUCAUCCACAGUUCCCGCUGCCUGAUCAAAGAACCUGGAUGUCAGCAAUAGAAAACAUGGCUGAAAAGCUGGAGAAUUUUAACACUUUGAAACCAGAAGCCAACGAGCUGAUGCAGUCAGUUCCUUCAAUGUUUAACUUCCGAGCAUCUCCAAGUGCCCUUCCAGAAAACCUUCUCCGAAAAGGCAAAGAGCGGUACACCUGCAGGUACUGUGGAAAGAUUUUCCCCAGGUCAGCCAACCUUACACGCCAUUUGCGGACGCACACAGGGGAACAGCCUUAUCGAUGCAAAUAUUGUGACCGAUCGUUCAGCAUCUCUUCGAAUCUGCAGAGGCAUGUACGCAACAUUCACAACAAGGAGAAACCAUUCAAAUGCCACUUGUGUGACAGGUGUUUUGGCCAACAAACCAACUUGGACAGACAUUUGAAGAAACACGAGAAUGGCAACGUAUCUGGUACUGCUGCUUCUUCUCCUCACUCUGAAUUAGAAGGCACAGGUGCAAUCUUGGAUGACAAAGAGGAUUCCUAUUUCACCGAAAUAAGGAAUUUCAUUGGGAGCAGUAGUCAUGGCAAGCAGUCCCCGGCGGAUGACAGAAUGAAUGGUAGCCACGAUAAGAUUAUGCUCAAUGGUCAGAGCUCGGACAUACUGGAUGAUGACGAGAUAGAAGACGAAGCAAUUCUUGAUGAGGACGAUGAUGAAAGUGAAGCACUGAAGGAGCCCAGUACAAGCAGCAUGCUUGAUAAAUGCUCGGUUGACGACUAUGAAGAAACCAGUAAAGUGGAUUUAAACUGCAAAGUCUCCCCCGGAAGGUAUGAUGAUGAUGAUGACGAUUUCAAGUCUGGUCUAUCUGCCUUGGAUCAUAUUAGGCACUUCACUGAUAGCCUGAAGAUCAGGAAAAUGGAGGAAAACCAAUAUAACGAUGCUGAUCUAUCAGCCUUUGCUCAUCUGCCCGAAGAUUUAAAACAGCCCUUGUAUAGAAAAUCUAAAUCCCAGGCCUAUGCAAUGAUGCUGUCGCUGUCUGAUCAGGAGUCGCUCCACAACACAUCCCACAAUUCGUCCAGCAUGUGGCACAACAUGGCAAGAGCUGCUGCAGAAUCCACCGCGCUCCACUCCGUUAGUCACGUAUGACGCUGUGACACUUUGCCACACUAGGACCAAAUCAGACCGGUAGCAUGGCUCAAAAGACUGCCGAGCAGGAUGCCUUAUUUACCUGCAGGGUCAUUUCGUACAAAGUCUGGUGACCUUAAAUGGAAGAAUUUUAAACUAAAGGAGUUAUUUAUUCUCAUUGCUUUUGUUUUGCACAGCAAAAGGCAGCUGCUGAUUUCCGGAGCAACAAAGAGCAAACCUUAAUAAAGAAGAAAAAAAAAUGGAAAACAUAAUAAAAAAAUAAAAUAAAAAAGACUUUGGACUUGUGGAUGACGAGGUGUCUUCCAACUGAAAAGAUAUUGACUUGACACACUUACAGUAUAAGCACUCAAACGAAAUCAGAUUUUUUUUUUGUAUACAGUGAUUUAUCAUAAGUUUAGAAAUGUUGCUUCAGUUUCUCUAACACAGCUUCAUGUAUUUGAACCUUUUGAGGGCAGACGUAAUCUACAAAUGUACAUUCUCACAUGUAGAAAAUUUAACAGGGAAUACAAAGUUUUUUCCUUAACUAUGUCUUAAUUGCUUUGUGAAAAAUGAAAUGAAGGAAUUAUGUGUAUAUUGUGAAUCUUCCAAUGUUCAGUACUUCAAAAAGACAAUGAGUCAUUAAAGGGCCAUAUUUCUUUCCAUUCCUGAUACCACUAGUAUGUCUUACAAAUCAACAAUUCGACAUUUUGAUUUUUGACAAUCAUUUCCACGUUUUUGGCUUUUUUUUUGUUUGUUCUUGCAAUGUCUAUUUAUUUCUUUUUAUGUUGUUGGUAUAUUAGAGCACUGUUCUACUUCCUCAAACAAUGUUAUUGUCAGAGGCACUCACGAAUUCCAAAGUUAUUGGAAACUGAUCAUUGUAUAUGUGUCUUGAUUAUUGUUUUUUCCCCCUCAAAUAUUUCUCUUCUAAAAUUAAAUAUAGAAGUAAUUUAGUUUUUUUUUUGUAAUACAAUGAUUUAUGUACAUUAUUUUUCAUGAACGCAUGUUUCCUCUGAUUAAAACUGUACCCAAUAUUUUAUGCUGGUUGUCUGCAAGCUUGUGUGAUGUUAUGUUCAUGUUAAUCCUAUUUGUAAAAUGAAAAGUUCCAAUCCUGUUUAGAAAAAAAAAUUGAGUGAACUCCAUUAUUUUUUAAAUGUAAUUUGGGGACCAGAUUUUUUUUCUUUCCAUUUGUUUUGUAAUCUCUGUAAUCUUGUUUUCAAAUAAUUGGCAACUUGAGGUACUUUCUUUAAUUGCUUUGUAUAAUUGUAAUUGUUACGCAUUGAAGUACGUUAUUUUGGGAGGAACAAGAACAUGGAAAUAAAGAACUAAAACAUUGGUCAGUCAUA